AUGAAUAGCAACCGUGCCAAGCACAUCAACGACUGCGAUGGAGAUUUGGCUCGACAAUAUGGAGGUAGUCAUACCGGCAAAUGGGUUGGCAAACUGCCUCCGUCAUGGAUUCCCUUUAUCCAGCUAGCUAGGCUCAGCCCCCCGGCUGGUGUCUUCUUGGUCCUCUUCCCUCAUCUCUAUGGCAUCAUGCAUGCCUCAAUCCUGCAGCAGGCCCUAUCAGCUCAGACUAUCCGCACGGGUAUGCUUGUUAGUGUCGGAAGCCUGUUCUUGUCUAAUGCCAUCCACGGAUGGAACGACCUCGUUGACGCGCCUAUUGACAAGCUCGUCACUCGCACCAAGAAUCGUCCCAUUGUCAGAGGGGCCAUCUCACCACGCGCCGCAUUUACAUUUACCGCCAGUCAGGCGCUGAUUGGGUCAACUCUGCUCCUGUUCCUGCCUGGGCUCACGGCGGUGACAGCGAUCCCGAUUUAUAUUGGGGCUUAG